GCUGGCAACAUCCCUGCCCAGAGCAGGGAAGGGCCCUCCUCAUCCGCCUCUCCCAGUCUCCUGCGGCGGGACCCGAGAGAGGCCGGAGCUCGCGUGUUUUCCUGGAGCUCCACCUGUUGCCGGGCUCAGCUGCAAAGGGAACUUCUGCGGCCCGUUUCGGGGGGCGGGGGGGGGGAAGACUCCAAGGCCCCCGUUUCGCUCUCGAAAGCGCCCCCGGGUUUCCCCCUCUGCGCGAUGUCCGUGGCGGGCGCUCUGAGGGCCAAAUUCCGGCGGCGCCGCAGCCCCGCAGAGGACAAGGUCUCCAUCCUCGAGCGGGAGGAACGGCAAGAAGCAGAGGCCCCGAGGGCUCCCGAGGGCCAGCCUGAAGAAGAGGAGCCGGCUUGCUACGCCUCCAAAAAAGUGGCGUUUGCCGUCCUCCCGGACAAGUACCAGCCUCUCGUCUGGGACGGCGAACAGCAGCCACCACCGCGUAAAGCGGAGCGCGCAAGCAAGGCGCGCAAGCGAAGACUCAAGAAAUACGGCAAGAAUGUGGGCAAAGUGUUGCAGAAAGGGUGCAGCUACUUGGUCCUUGGCCUUCAGGGAUUGGCCAGAGCCUACACCUCUCCACUCGGCUUGGCUGUUCCGACGGCUACGUCAGUGCGAUAGAGCCUACUGCUUUUGGAGGAGGACGAGGAGGACAGUGACACCGCUGAAGAGGGCAGCAACUUCUCCUCUGCUCAUGUGCACAUCAUCUUCUGAAAAAACCCCAACU